AUGGCCGGACAGCGUCUCUUCGGAUUGAUUGUCGCUCAGGUUCUCUUUGCUGGACUUGCUCUAUUUCUUGCCAAUUCGCCGUAUCUCAACAUGUCUGUCGCGCCGACAAAGCAGCCCUGGGCUGAUGGUCCUAUGAAACUGGUGACAACGCCUCAAUAUGAGACGAAAAAGACCGAUCUUUUCACAACAGGAGCCACUCACAUGGCCCUUUUGCACAACGCCAUCAUUCGGGGCUUCAACUCCAUCUACCUCCAGGCUCCUCACGUCAAGGAUGCCGACAAGGCUGACUUUAUUGGUUAUUCCCAAACCUGGUUCAAGUUUGUGAAAUCGCAUCACGACGAUGAGGAGGACAAUCUCUUCCCCAAGGUCCAAGAGCUGCUUGGCGAAGACCCUGUCUGGGAGGAAACACACCAUGAGCAUGAGUCUUUCCUUGCGCCGCUUGCCGAGUUCAACAAUUACCUCUCUGGCCUUGCUUCGCCCACCGACUUAGACGGAGCUCAUGUUAUCAAGCUCAUGGACGCCUUCAAGACUGACUUUGAGCACCACUUCCACAGCGAGAUUUCUACCAUCGCUGCUCUUUCUAACCACUCAAAGGCUCCCAAGGAGGACUCGCCCGAGGGCGCCGCCGCGAGCUUGACUUUCAAGGCAUGGGGAAAGAAGACGGUCACUAAAGCUGGUGUGCUCGACGUAGUCCCAUUCUUCCUUCUGAACCUGGAUAGAACCAGCGAGGAGGGUAUGUGGGCGAACUGGCCUCCUAUGCCCGCCCCCGUUUCUUGGGGUCUGACGAAUAUCGCGGGUUCGUGGUACGGAAAGUGGUGGAAGUUUUCGAGCUGCGACUCUCAGGGCAAGCCACAAGAACUCUAUGCUCUCCGUGGCAUGAAAGGGUGA